AUGGCUCGUGACAACCCCACUGCACGCCCUGUUGCCAAUGCACGCGAUAGCCACUCGCCAAGCGUUACCUCAGGCACUUCUUUGGCGCCAUCGAGCCCCGCGGAGUCAGCCACUUCGCCGAGCAACUCGGCCGCGUCGUCUGCGCCUGAAGGCGGCGCAGGCCAGCGCGAGGGAGUCGCAGACCAGCCUGAGGGCACGGAGACCACCACCUCCUCCGUAGGCCGGAUUUCCUACACGCCGAACGGUCUUCCCAUUGCCCCAUGGCGUCUCAGCCACCAGGAAAUGGUUGCCCUUCAGGUCCUCACUAGGUCGCAUAGGGAAGGGCCAUUAGCCUUUUACCAACCAUAUCCACCGGGUGUGGAUCCUGAAUAUCUCCACUCACGAGUCUACAAGGGUCAUGGUGCACCCAAUGGGCCGCCUUGA